AUGUCUCUCACUCCUUCAACUCUGUAUUACGCGUCUGCAAUUAUCAAUCUUGCGACCAUUCCGAAACACUUCCUCGUCGGUCAGAAUCAUGUUUCCAAGUCCAUUGCAGCUAUCCCUCCUACUCCGGAUCUAGCACGAGGCAAAUCCGUUGCAAUGACUACCUGGCACCAUUCUAUGGGAAUGUUGUUCGUCAUUGCGACGCUGAACUAUAAAUGGGCAAAGUCUGGUGGGCCUAGGAAUAUGGAAGAUAAAUUGGUUCUUUGGGGGAUUACGGUGACUGGAACGGUUAUUGGUUAUACCUACUACAAAGUCAAGUUGUUUGCUGGAUUGGGAUGCCUCUGGGUUGCACCGUGGUUGAGUUCUAUUGCUUUGCUGUGGUCAUCUUGA